UUACCUCCAGGAUGACACUCCGGUAAUGACUACUUCUGAGGACCAAAUACAGGAUCACUGCCAUUAUCAGGGCUAUGUGAUGGAUGAUGAAGAAUCAUUGGUCAGUGUUAGCACCUGUUCAGGGGUAAGUGGGGUCAUCGUGACACAUGGCCACAAGUUCUUGAUUGAACCCUUGAAUCCAUCCGAUAAUGGGGAACAUGUUAUGUAUGAGGCAGAGAUGGAUAUUCCUAAAACGUGUGGAGUGAUGAGUACAGAGGAUACCUAUAAGAACAUUUCACUUUCCAUGCAAACUGAUCAGGAAACACAUGACAACAUUUUGACUUCUCAGAAGUAUAUAGAGCUUUACAUAGUGGCUGAUAAGUCUAUGUUUGAGACCUAUGGCCGUAAUUUAUCACUGGUCAAAAAGAAAAUAUUUGAAAUUGUAAAUUAUGUCAAUAAGGUAUACAAGCUGGUAAGUAUCUUCGUGGCUCUUACUGGAAUUGAAAUUUGGGAAACAAAGGACCAGAUUGAAAUGAGUUCAGUGGUUGGAGAAAACCUGGCUCGCUUUGCUAUGUGGAGGCAGCAGAAUCUCCUGCCCAGGGUGACACAUGACAAUGCUGUGCUCAUCACACACAUAGAUUUUGUAGGUACUGUUGUUGGACUGGGCUAUAUUGGUACAAUGUGCAGCAGCGCCUAUUCUGCGGCGGUCAUCCAGGAUUUUAGUACAUUUUCUGCCAUUGUUGGUGCCACAUUAGCGCAUGAAAUGGGACACAACCUUGGAAUGGACCAUGAUGAGAUUGGCUGUUCUUGCCCCUAUGGGGUUUGCAUUAUGGCAACAGCGCUCAGCAGUAAAAUUCCCGACCAUUUCAGCGAAUGUAGCCUUAAACAACUCGGGACGUUUCUUCUGAAUCACCAUCCAGAGUGUAUGAUGAACAAGCCCAAUAAGAAGACUAUUGUAGCUCCAGCUGUCUGCGGAAACGGGUUCACGGAACUGGGGGAGGACUGUGACUGCGGAACAGAGCAGGAGUGCACCAAUCCUUGCUGUAAUGCUGCUACCUGUAAACUGCGGGCUUAUGCUAUGUGUGCGGAAGGGGCCUGCUGUGAGCGCUGCCAGAUCAAGACAACUGGAACUGUGUGCAGACCCAGCAGCAGUGAAGACUGUGAUCUUCCAGCGACAUGUGAUGGGACCUCUAAUGUCUGCCCCAGGAACCGUCAGAAAGGCAAUGGAGUGCCCUGCAAAGAUGGUCAGGGGUACUGUUAUAACGGCCGGUGUCCUACCCGGAGGGAUCAGUGCACACAUUUCUGGGGACCAGGGGCUGUAGUCAGUGAGGAUUUAUGUUACACAUUUAACACAAAAGGCACAUUUUACGGACACUGUACUCAAUAUAACAAGACCUAUGUGGCAUGUGACAAGGCGGAUGUGAAGUGUGGCGUGCUGUUUUGCUUUGGUGGUACAAGCAUUCCUACAGUCUUAAGUAGCACUUUCUCCUUUUUGGUAUGCAAAGCUGUCAUGGCUCCCAUUGGUAUGGUGGAAAAUGGGACACAGUGCGGAGACAGGAUGGUCUGCUUCAAUGGGAAGUGCCUAGCCACGGAUACUGUGUAUACCACCCACUGAUAUUAAGAAAUUUGUUCACUCACCUUAAAGUUGGAGCCAUAAUGCAAGAUUCAGCCUGGCAUUGGCAGUUAUCAUCGUGGUUCAUUCCCAAGUUGUGCCCCAUUUCAUGGGCAAGAGUUGCACCUACGCCAAUAAAUUCAGCAGUGU